UGAAAGUAAAGAGAGCAGGAGGCACAUGGAGGGAGCUGCAGGGGCAGCCGAUCCGGAGGCAGAAUGCUUCCUUCUAUAAUUAAAUAGCACUUACUAUUAUUAUUACUUAUAGUAAUAAUACUUUAAUAAUAUUUCUAGUAAUAUAAUACCAUUUAUCGGGAAAAGUUAUACGUAGCGUGGGGGGGGAAAUCCAAGGAGAGCAAUUAUAAUGGAGAGACAGAAGAGAAAACAAGAAAUAGAGAAGGGACUUCAGUUCAUUCAGUCCACAUUACCUCUAAGCCAAGAAGAUUAUGAGGCCUUUUUGCAGAAGCUGGUGCGAAACCUGUUUGCGGAGGGCAACGACUUGUUCCGAGAGAAGGAUUUCAAGCUGUCGCUGGUGCAGUAUGUGGAAGGGCUGAACGUGGCGGAUUACGCAGCCUCCGAUGAGGUGACCAUCCCGAAGGAACUCCUGUGCAAGCUGCACGUCAAUCGAGCUGCCUGCUACUUCGCCAUGGGUUUGUAUGAAAAGGCACUGGAAGACAGUGAGAAGGCUCUGGGUCUAGACAAGGAGAACAUCCGAGCGCUCUUCCGGAAAGCCCGCUCCCUGAAUGAGCUAGGGAGACACAAGGAAGCCUAUGAGUGUAACAGCCGGUGUUUGCUGUCCCUCCCACAUGAUGAAAGCGUCACGCAGCUGGGACAGGAGCUGGCCCAGAAGCUGGGCCUGAGAGUUCGAAAAGCGUACAAGAGGCCUCAGGAAUUGGAAACGUUCUCUUUACUCACUAAUGGCACGUCAGUCAGUUUAUCAAAUCAGACCACUUCCAAUGGAUUGGGUUCGAUAGAUGACAUCGAAACAGACUGCUCUAUGGACCUGCAGUGCCUCCCAGCUCCCGUGGCCACCUCCAUCCCCGUGAGCGAAGGGUUGGCCCCUUUGCCCACUGACUCCGACGCGAAGGGUCUGCCUACCUCACUCCCGGCUGCCAGCUUGCUCCCUUCUUCAGACUGCGUGUCCCUGCCAGUGCCUGAAAGCGUGGAGGACUUCACAGAUGGCGACAUCAUUGGGGAAGAACUGGACUCACUCCUUGACUCCCUGGCCGAGGGGUCCCAGUACCCUCUAUCUCUGGUUCAGAGCACCAUUCCUACCAACCUGCCCACGGAGAUGCCCCAGCUCAUUCCGGUGUUUCCGGGGGGAACGCCACUGCUGCCCCCAGUCGUGACAGCCAGCAUCCCCGUCUCGUCCCCGCUGCCACCGGCCUCCUUCGGCCUCGUCGUGGAUCCCGCCAAGCAGCUCUCCUCCUCCUCUGUCCUGGAUGCCUUUGAGCCCCCGCCGGGGGGAAGUGGAGGCUCCACUCUAGAUUCUCUGGAUUCCCUGGAUCUGCUCCCCUACACAGACUCACGGCUCGAUGCCCUGGACUCCUUUGGGACGAGAGGGUCACUGGAUGCCUUGGAUUCCUUUGCCAUUGAAGAAACCAGCYCCCAGGAGCUGCGACACCCACCUGGCAGCCAAAAGCCAUCCGCCKUGCCAGAACCAGUAAUGCCUAACACAGCUCUGCUGGUGAAGAAUCCCCUGGCAUCCACUCACGUCUUCAAACAAGCCUGUCAUAUCUGCUACCCCAAAACAGGGCCCAAGGCUGGUGAUUAUACCUACCGGGAAGGCUUGGAGCACAAGUGCAAACGGGACAUCCUGCUGGGCAGGCUGAAGAACUCUGAAGACAAGACCUGGAAGAGGAUCCGUCCUCGCCCCACCAAAACCAACUUUGUGGGAUCCUAUUACCUGUGCAAAGAUAUGCUUAACAAGCAGGACUGUAAGUACGGGGAUAACUGCACCUUCGCGUACCACCAGGAGGAGAUCGACGUGUGGACGGAGGAGAGGAAGGGGACCCUCAACCGUGACCUCCUCUUUGACCCGCUAGGUGGGAUCAAGCAGAGCAGUCUCACCAUUGCCAAGCUCCUGAAGGAACAUCAGGGCAUCUUCACCUUCCUCUGUGAGAUUUGCUUUGACAGCAAACCUCGGAUUAUCAGCAAAGGGACCAAGGACACGCCGUCUGUCUGCUCCAACCUUUCUGCCAAACACAGUUUCCAUGACAACAAGUGUCUAGUCCACAUUGUACGUUCCACCUCCCUGAAGUACUCCAAGAUCCGCCAGUUCCAGGAGCACUUCCAGUUCGAUGUGUGCCGGCACGAGGUGCGUUACGGCUGCCUGCGGGAGGACAGUUGCCACUUUGCUCAUAGCUUCAUCGAGCUCAAGGUCUGGCUGCUGCAGCAGUAUUCAGGAAUGACCCAUGAAGAUAUCGUGCAGGAAUCUAAGAAGUAUUGGCAGCAGAUGGAGGCACAUGCUAGCAAACCAGCCAACAGCAUGGCCUCCACCCGGGCGCCCACGUCGAGCACCUUCGACCUGCAGAUGAAAUUUGUGUGUGGCCAGUGCUGGAGGAACGGGCAGCUGGUGGAGCCAGAUAAAGACCUCAAGUACUGUAGUGCCAAAGCCCGCCACUGUUGGACAAAGGAACGUCGUGUCCUGCUGGUGAUGUCCAAAGCAAAGAAGAAGUGGGUGUCUGUGCGACCACUGCCUUCCAUCCGCAACUUCCCACAGCAAUACGAUUUGUGUAUCCAUGCACAAAAUGGCAGGAAAUGCCAGUAUGUGGGCAACUGCUCCUUUGCCCACAGCCCUGAAGAGAGAGACAUGUGGACCUUCAUGAAGGAGAAUAAAAUACUAGAUAUGCAGCAGACCUACGAGAUGUGGCUGAAGAAGCACAAUCCUGGGAAGCCUGGAGAGGGGACACCGCUCACGGCUCGAGAAGGGGAGAAACAAAUCCAGAUGCCCACCGACUAUGCUGACAUCAUGAUGGGCUACCAUUGCUGGCUCUGCGGGAAGAACAGCAACAGCAAGAAGCAGUGGCAGCAGCACAUCCAGUCGGAGAAGCACAAGGAGAAGGUCUUCACCUCGGACAGUGACUCCAGCUGCUGGAGCUACCGCUUCCCCAUGGGCGAGUUCCGGCUCUGCGAAAGGUUUCAGAAGAGCAAGGCCUGCCCCGAGGGCGAGGAGUGUCGCUGCGCCCACGGCCAGGACGAGCUCACCGAGUGGCUGGACCGGAGGGAGGUGCUGAAGCAGAAGCUGGCCAAGGCCCGCAAGGACAUGCUGCUCUGCCCCCGCGACGACGACUUCGGCAAAUACAACUUCCUAUUGCGGGACGGCGUAUAGUGAGGGCUGGGGGAGCCUGUCGGCUGGAGACACACGGGGCGGGUUUCGCGGCAGCGGCGCUAGCAGGGAGAGCCGUAUCUAGCAAAGAGAACUUCUUCUUUUCUUUCGUUUUAAGAUUACGAGACGAUGAUUUAGUAGUGGUGAAUGAAAUCGUGAAUUUGAUUCUCCUUGGCCGGCGAACGCCAUGCUCACUGAGUUCAUGUUCUGUCUUUCUUACCCCCCCAUAGUUAUUCUUCCUCCCCCAUCUUUCUCUGUCCUUUAUUUAAGGAGUGAAUUCUGUUUGUACUGGGGUGUGAGUUGGAGAAYUUUUCCUUGUCAUUCCGUUGCCCUUCAAUUCAGAGUGUGGCUGCAGAGGCCGAGAAGGCAAACGGGGAGGAAAAGGUGAGAGAAAGGGCUAGACAUCUGGGAAGGAGUGGCCAUGACGUUCAGAUGCUGCUUUUCUUGCAGAGCCAGCCCUGCUUCAUGGCUACAACUGGCCCACUCUCCUGGGAGGGCAGCACCAGAAGAUUUGGGCAUUGAGACACAGAGCAGGCUUAAAACGUCCAGGCUUAACCCCCUACUGUGUAUGCUCCCCCAAGGCAUCAGCUGGGGCUGAGGGAGGUUUUGACCAGUGGUGCAGAGUGCAGCUAAAAGCAGCAGCCUGUUGCAACAUUACAGCAGUGGGAACUUCACGUAGGAGACUUGAGCCUGUUCUGAUCASCUGUACCUAGAAAGCCAACUGACGGGCCCUCACCAGGUAACGGGUGACCACCACAAUGGUGCAUAGCAGCUGUUGGGGUUGGAGGCUUUGGGCUGCUUUUUUGUUUCUUUUUGGCUGAUGCAACUGGUCCAAAUAAGACUGAAGCCAUCUAGAAGGUGUCGUGGAGACUGGCACCCUGUGUCGCUACCCUCCACUCUGGGAUAUCAGUCGGAAAGAAAAGGCUGUAACCAAAAGGCGCCUGUAUUUCUCUGUCAGCUUCUGCCCUGAAGGGAGGGAGGGAGGGAAUGGAGAUCCCUCCUUGGUGUUUCAGCAGCGUGUGUUUUAAGUGGCGCUCUGGAGCUGCGCUGUCGCCUGCACUGCCAGAGGAAGGGGGCAGGAGCCCRUUAGCGGGGACUGCUGAGCAGCGGGGCUCUAACAGGGAGGGAGGGCUUGGCGCCGGUGGCGCUUUGCUCCAGGAAUCCGGCUGGAGCCCCUUGGCAGUGCCGGGCAGAGGGAGCCCGGGCAGGGAGCGGGCGAGCACAGAGCAGCACCCAGCCGCGCGCCUGCUCCCGUCCCGCGGGCUCUGUGGGGACAGGCAGCCCCGCAGGGAGCUCGCGGCUCCACGGAAGGCACCAUACGGAACUUCUCCAUGUGCCGGCCUGGUUCUUCCCGCCUGUCCCAUCCUGUAAGCAGCAAACGUGUGUCCUGUCUUGAGCGUCCCUCUGAGCGCAGCCUGAUGGUGCUCUGCGGUUUUGUUUGCGGGGAUGGCACCGUCCCCUCGAACACAGACACGCUUCCCCUCUCUCUGCCUUUGUGGGUGAUGUCUUUUGUAUGGAGUCUCCCAGGACUGUGAGCUCAGAGCCCUCGGGGGCUAUCCACAGUGAAUGAAAUCUGGCCAUGUAUUGUGUGGUGGUUUGGCAUUGGCGGGUCCCUGUUCUCCUUUUCCUUUUCCCUGCUCCAAUAUCUUUGAGAUCCCCAGCUUCAAGAGAGAGCAGAUGUGGAAAUGUGCAGAUGCUGGGGAGGCAGCUGGCGGCUUCUAAACCGGCUUCCAGGGAGCUGCCUCGGCUCCACCGGAGUAGUUUGGGCCCAGGAGAGCCCCAACCUGGGGUGGUUGACCAGCAGGCCGCGGUGCUCUGUGCUCCCGCCCAGCCGAUGCCUUUGAGCCCAGUUCCUCUCUGGUAAAACACAAGUGAUGUUUAGCCGUGUGGUCCGAGCUUCCCUGGGCUGUGCAGCACUUCAGGGUCAGGCCUGGAAGGAGCCAGGCCUGGCACAUCUGUUGAUAUCCAGGUGGCCUCUGAUAGCGUGAUGCACUGGGAAGCGGCUGUUCCCAGGCCUGGCAGUGUGUGGGAGAAGGAAGAGAAGCGGAAAGAUCCUCACGGCUCCCAGGGCUGCCGGGCCUGCCGGAUGUUGAGUGCACGGGCGCUGUGUUUUCUGCUCUGCCCUUUGCUGUAGCCGUCUGGAUCGUUCCUUCUGCCGGUGCCCUGGCCCUCGUGCUGCCCCGGCCGACCUGGCUAGCUCUGGGAGAGGCGAGGAGGAGGUAGGGAUCAGCGGCGGGCACCACCUCGCUGUGGUGCUCAGGGGCAGAGAUGCCCAGGAAGCAAAUCCCUGCCGGGGGAUGUCGGCGCGGGGUUUUAUUUUCUCUCAUCUCCAGUGUCAUUGAGCGGGCUGCUCUCCCCUCUCCUCGUGUCCCGCUCAGCUCCGGCGCCCGUGGGGCCCUCGGGACGAGGGCGAGGGGAGGACGAGCGGGUCCGAGGCGAGGGGGCCCCCGGUCAUGGCUGUUGCAUUGAGCAUCUCGUUCUGUUUUCCCUGAUAUGAUAACCUGGUCCGUGGUGUUGCAGUACUUUGUCACCAGGCUUGUUUUAGUGUGUAUAUAUGUGACCCCUCCCAUAAAGCAUA